AUGGAGAGCCCCGAGGCAAGUCGCGACGACCGCAUGGCCACGCUGGCGGGUCGCCGUGCAGAGCUUCAGAAGCUGUCGAGCGAGGAGGGUGAGUGGACGCUGUAUCGCACACUGUGUCAGUUCCGGCUUGGAUACUUCUCGUUCCUUGUGCUUAUGUGCAUACUCAUGUUCAGUGUCACGUUCCUCAUGGAAAUCUUCUUCGCGAUAUUUCUGCCUAGUGCACGUAUGGACCCAUACUUCACAGUGCGCUCCAUUGUACUGCUAGCUUGCCUCCCCUUCGCGCUUAUAUUCUUGUCCUACUGCUUCGAAGAAUCUAGUCGGCUGUUCUUGGACGCCAUUGACACGAGAGAGGGUAGUCUCGCCAACUUCCGUCUGUCGCUGUGUGUCUGCAUCCACUACAUGCGUCACUGGCGCGAGAUGCCUGACGACCGAAUGGAGAGAGGACGGUAUGACGCUUUUCGGGGUGAUGACGAGGAUCAGGAAGCCUGGGCGAGGUUCGUCGGCUGGAUUACUGCUGGACCGAAAUAUGUGCUGAGCACCAUCUACACGAACGACCCGUUUAGCGACAACAACAAAGAGUCCGAAGAUGAGAAAAGAUACGAACUGGAAUUACUUUUCCAGAGACAACAGAGUGAGGAAUCAGGCCACCAGCACAGCAGCCGCUUUCUUCGUCACCGAAGCAGCAGCCAAAGUAGUAGCAGUAGUAGUGAAGAAAAUUCACCGUCGUCUCGGUGGAAACGAGCUUUACAAGUUGCAAGUACGACGGUCAAGUUUAACACUACGCAUUUCGACGGACCUCCGCUGGACUUCUCCACGCUCGUCAUCACAGACGUGUUGUGUCCAUUUGUCUUCGAGCUGAUCACAUUGUGGACGUUCGUUGUCUCGCUGCUAGCAAAUUUAUCUCCUCUGGCUGCUUUUCUCGACUACAUUCAAUGUGGCUUCUACAUGCAAGCAAUCUAUCUGGCUGUCUGGAUGAUCUGCCACUUUUGCAGUGCUAGAAACCGCAAGAUGAGAGAGUUUGUGAGCAACUAUCGACGUCGAUACCGUGACAUGCAGCGCGAACUACUUGAGAUGGAGAACGAAAAGCGUGCGGAACAUCUUUGGCUGGUAAGCAUCGGCUUUCGCGCUGUGGAGCAGUUCCAGACCAGCUUCUUUACGUUUGUGGAGGCCAUUUUUGAGUUUGGUGAAGAGAAGACACCUCUGCAACAGGGCGACGAAGCCCGCUACAUGCAAGCACAAGAAACGUCGGAAGUUUUUACCGAAGGAACGGAUCCAGUCACGGAUGCGAACGAGCCUCAGGAGGCUUUGGAAGGCAAGCAGCGCAUGCACAAGAUUGGCGAGCAUAUUCGGGAGCUAAACGUUUGGUCCAAGUUUUCAAGCAAGCGUCGGAUUCGUAUUUUGUGGCCAAUCGUCAUUCUGAGUGCAAUCAUCUCAUUCUACGCAUUUUAUGUUGGUUGGGGCAUCAUGGGCAUUUGCCUCAUCCUUCUUGGCGAUACGAUUCAGGCCAAAUAUCCUCAGAUUUUUGGGCUGACGUUCAAGUCAUUCAUCACCUUCUUUGUUAUUCUGUCGUUCGUCUUCUUCUCGUCCACGUGGGCGAUUGGAACUUUCGUCCAAGGUGAUGAUUUCUUCGUGUAUCCACCGACUGAUGAAUCUUUAGCUGCUCUGGCAACUCCUUUCGCUAUGAAGUCAACAGAAUCGCCCGUGCACUGGACAAAAGUCGCAGAGUAUCCUGUGUGUGCGAUCGACUUAAAUUCACUCGAUAUUGUGGAUUUUGCACUCAUUUCCGAUGCUGUCUACGGUUGGAAUACCGCGAUUCAAGUCAAGUCAUUUACCCAACGCUUUAAUGGCACGGAGCUUGGUGAUUGGGAAUUCGUAGCACGUAACGAUGAGGAUGCGGGCCACCAAGUGUGGACUGAGCUCUACUUUCCUUCGAUUAACAUGACUGUUAUUGCGGUGAGAGGGACAGCUACAGCUACCGAUGCUCUCGAAGAUCUCCACUACUGGUUCGGUGUGAGCGUGAUGCAGGCUGCGAAUAUCUUCAUCCCUUUCUUGAAGCAACUUCCUAGUGAAUUCGUCGUGAAGAUGCUGUCCAUGAACUUCCUCCGAGCUAUCAUGCCACCUCCAGUGUACUCGGAGCUGCUAGACCAUGUGAUUGUUGUUCGUAAACGCGUUGGUGGAGAUCGUCUUGUGCUAACUGGCCAUAGUUUGGGCGGAGCAAUGGCAGCCAUGGUCGGAGCUAAGACGCACACGCCUGCCGUAUCCUUCUCAGGACCUGGGCUACUGUACUCCCGUGGGCGAUUCGAUGUCGAUGACGGAUCUAUUCGCGACUACGUGAUGACCGUCAAACCUCGACGCGAUAUUGUACCACAGGUGGACGAGCUUGGCGGCAUGGUCCAAGAGAUCGAAUGCAGACGCGACAACCCACUCGCUUGCCAUAGCACCGUGACGCACAUGUGCGAGCUCUACGCUGCAUGCGGUGACAAACGCAAGCGUGACUGGUCCAAGGCGACGCAGUGCCAAGAGUACUUCCAUGGCAACUAA